CUUCUCAUGUUAAGAAAUGUGAAACCAGGAAUUUCCAAGUGGGGGUCUCAAACUGGUUCUCACUCCAGUCUACUUUAAUGAUGCUGACUCUAGUUAAAGGACCAUUCCCUCAGGAGAGACCAAGUCCCAACACACCGUCAAUCGUCUAUUUUUGGCAGGGUUCUUCGAGGCUGCCAUUCUGCCUUUCUGCGACGUCCGUCCGCCCCAGAGGAGAUAUGGCGGUACUGACUGAGUCAUGGUGCUGGUCUAGCUGCACGCUGUGUGGCUCUCAGGUUCACCGUGUUGCUUAAUUAGGACUUCCCGGAAGAGUCGCCGGUGCUGCCGUGCACAGUUGUGGGACGGGGAAGGGAGGCAGGACUAGACCGUAGGCAACAGCGCACAACCGCGGACCAGCACCAAGAAACACUAACAAACACGACUGAACAUCCCGGCAGAAAAUUUACUGCAGAAGAGAGAGGUUUAUCACCAUGGAAGGUUUAAUGCAGCGCCUAGAGCGAGCUGUGACCCGCCUGGAGCAGAUGUCCGUUACAAUGCAGGCAUCCAGCGGCAUGGGUAAUGGAAACUGUGUCAACGGGAUAGAUGGAGGUUUGUCUCAGUGUGUGGAGGCCUUCGAUGUGCUGAUGAAAGGUCCAGUGUCAGACUACCUGGACAACAGCAAAUCUAUCGGAAGUGAAGUGGAGAAACAUGCAGAGAUGGUGAACAAUGCACUGCAGACUCAGAGAACUUUUCUCAAGAUGGCUGCCAUGCACCAGGAACCUGCUCAGACAGAACUCCAAGACCUGCUGAAGCCAAUUUCAGAUCACAUCCAGGAGAUCCAAAAUUUCAGAGAACGAAACCGUGGCAGCUCCCUCUUCAACCACCUCUCAGCUGUCAGCGAGAGCAUUCCUGCUCUGGGAUGGGUGGCUGUGAGUCAGAAACCUGGCCCCUACGUAAAGGAGAUGAAUGAUGCAGCCACCUUCUACACCAACAGAGUGCUGAAGGAGUACAAAGAAACUGACAGACGUCAUGUGGACUGGGUGCGAUCCUACCUGUCAAUCUGGACCGAGAUGCAAGCCUUCAUCAAACAGCACCACACAACAGGACUGAUGUGGAGCAAGACUGGCCCCAUUGCUCCUGCUUCUCUUUUCGACACCCCCCCAGCUCCCAGUGCUCCCUGUCCACCUCCUCCCCCUCCUCCCCCCGGGCCUCCUCCAGUCUUCACCAGUGAUGACUGCAAGCCACAGGCAGACAGUGCAGCAGCCCAACACUCAGCAUUAUUUGCCCAACUCAACCAGGGCACAGACAUAACUAAAGGUCUGAAGCGUGUCUCAGAAGAACAAAAGACCCAUAAGAACCCCAAUCUGCGCUCUCAAGUGUCAGCAACCAAAAUUAAGAACCCUGCACCUGUUAAGGCUCCCAAAGCAGCUGUUCAGAAAAGACCCCCUCUGCUGGAGUUGGAGGGAAAGAAAUGGAGGGUGGAAAACUUUGAUCAGAAACAUGAUUUGGUGAUCGAUGAGGCGGAGCUGAAACAGGUGGUGUACGUCUUCAGUUGUAACAACUCCACUCUGCAAAUUAAGGGAAAAAUUAACUCCAUUAUUGUCGACAACUGUAAGAAGCUGGGUCUGGUUUUUGACAAUGCUGUUGGGAUUGUAGAAAUCAUCAACUCCAAAGCUAUUCAGUUACAGGUGCUGGGAACAGUUCCCACCAUUUCCAUCAACAAAACAGAGGGCUGCCAGGUCUACCUGAGCAAGGAUGCAAUAAACUGUGACAUUGUCAGUGCUAAGAGCUCUGAGAUGAACAUCCUGAUACCAGAAGGAGAAGAUGAUUAUAGGGAGUUCCCCGUCCCAGAGCAGUUCAAGACUGUUUGGGAUGGCUCCAAACUGGUGACCGAACCCACAGAGAUUGCAGGCUGAUUGAACAUUAACAUGCACAUUUCCGUCCAGCUGAUGUCAUUACUCACAUAUACGAAAAGGAAUUAAAAAUUAAUAGCAAUGCCAGGUUAUCUCUUUGAUCCUGCAAUCGUAAACUUGUGAGAUGUUUCUCCAGCAUUUUGAAACUGUUACUGUAACCCAACUCCACACUAUAGGCACUCAGGUUUCAGUAACACAAACCUAGAACAUACACCCUAAUGUGCCAUAGCAAUACAGGCAUUUGUGUAAGAUUACACAACGACCCAAAAUAAGCAAUAUUGUUUGUUUUUUAUCGUUAUUCUAGAAAAUACUUUCCUCUAUUAAUGUGCAUUAUUUCAUUGCAUAUACACAUUUACAACCAGAUUAAAGGGAAAAUUAGGCUUCAUGGAGUACUAUGCAUAUACUGUGAUUAGCAGCCAAGCACAGACCUUUACAGUACGUUUUCUGACUUAAUGAACUGUAUGUUAGUUAUCCCUUUUAAUAUGUAAAGUGCAUGACAGUCAUGUUUCAUUGUGAGUUACAGCAUAUGCAGCAUUGCUCAACAUUUAAUCAUCGAUAGCAACAGUCAUGGUCGUUUGAGUCCUUAAAACGGUAUAUUUACUAACGUUAGUAAUAGAACUUACAUUACUGUAAAAGGGUCAGAUAUACUGCUGCAACAUUAAUCCAGCUGGUCAAAACUAAUACAAUAAAAUUACAGCAAAUUUCAUGUGUAUGCAAUAUCUCAUCAGUGGAAAUAUUCACGCUUGAGAACCCCCUAUGUCUUUGUAUAUCACUGUAUUUUGUUCCAAAAUGUAGCAUGACAUCAACGUUGGGCAGAGAAGAAUUUACAACACUGAAAUGCAUUUACAUCAGAAACUUGUGUAAUAUUAUGUUGUUUUUUUUUUUAAAUAAAGCAAAAAGUUUCCA